AUGUCGUCUACCACCACGUCCAAUAUGCUAGUAUCCCGAAAACCAAUCAACUUCCUGCGCGGCUGGCCAGCUCCUGAGCUGCUCCCCGCGCAGCUCCUCUCGUCAGCCUGCCAGCGCGUCCUCAGCAACCAGGCCGAGUACACCGAAUACCUAGAGUACGGCGCCGACGAAGGCCUGACCCGUCUGCGCAGCGGGCUUGCGAAAUGGCUCGGUGCGCACUACAAGGUCAAGCCAGACCUGGAGCGUAUCUGUAUCACAGGCGGCGCUAGCCAGAAUCUAGCAUGUAUUCUCCAAAGCUUUAGCGACGUCAACUUCACCCGCGCCGUCUGGAUCGUUGCACCCUGCUAUCAUCUUGCAUCGCCUAUCUUCGAAGAUGCUGGCUUCGCGGGCCGCUUAAAGGCUGUGCCCGAGGACGAGGAAGGGAUCGAUCUUGCUGUGUUCGAAGAGAAGCUGAAGCGUUUUGAAGAGGAGGAUCAGCAGGGGCAUCAGGAAAAACCCUUUAAGUGCUUUGGCACAGAUAGGAAGCUGUAUCGACACUUGAUAUACUGCGUGCCCACGUGCUCUAACCCCUCGGGCAAGACCAUGUCGCUGCGCAGACGAGAGGCGCUGGUUAAGCUUGCGAGGAAGUAUGAUGCGCUUAUUAUUUCGGAUGAUGUGUACGAUUUCCUCCAGUGGCCGCUACAGGGCCCAGUGUCUGCUGAGCGGCUGCCGUCGAUGAGCAUGCCGCGCAUAUGCGAUAUUGAUCUGGCGAUGGGAAACUCGGAAAAUGAUCCCCUUGGAUUCGGCCACGCUGUGAGCAACGGCUCGUUUAGUAAAAUCUCGGGUCCUGGCGUGCGCACCGGCUGGGCGGAAGCGUCGCCUGCGUUUAUAACUGGUCUUGCGCAUACUGCGGCAACAAGGUCGGGCGGUGCGCCGAGCCAGCUGUGCGCAUCGAUGCUUGCAGAGCUCGUGGAGACUGGGAAGCUGCAGGAGUAUAUUGAAGAGACGCUGCGUCCUGCUAUGCAGCGCCGACACAGGCUGCUUAUAGAUGCAGUGCGCACGCAUCUGGCGCCACUGGGUGUCUCUACGAGGGCUUCAAGCAUGGAAGGAUCGGAGAGCUUUGGCGGAUAUUUUGUCUGGCUGGACUUUCCGAAAGAGUUUUCUGCUGAUCUGAUUGCUAGUGUCGCCAAGGAGGAGGAUAACCUUAUCUUGGGCUACGGUAAUAUGUUUGUCGUCAAGGGCGAUGAGAGUGGUGCGCGAUUCAAUCACAGCAUCAGGCUGUGCUUUGCCUGGGAGGCAGAAGAAGAUCUAGUUGAUGGAGUCAAGAGGCUGGGGCUGUUGAUUUCGCGCAUGCGAAAGAAUAAGGAGCAUUAUCUGAAGCUUGCAGAGGCUGGUGCACUGGCAGACAUGAGUAAGGAUGUUUAA